UCAUCUUUUGAGUGACCGGUUGAAGUAUGGCACGUGAUGCAAGAAAAUUGACUAAAAUUAAAGUCUCGUGACUUGGUGCCAUUUGCCUUAGCAACAGCGCGUAUGUUGACCCCGCGUCAACGCGUCGUGUAAUCGAUCCAUCAUCAGCUCGCUAACACCUUGCUUUCAACGUCCAACCUCGGGAUUGAACCAUAAUCAUCGUCAAUAAUUUCUUUUCGCAACUCGCGGCAUGUAACACAACUACAUUAAUCGCGAUGCCAAGUAAACAGCGCACCUUCGAAUUGGUGGAUGCGCCAAAAGUCCACCGGCCAAUGACUAGCAAACAGGCAAAAAAAGCAUACCAAAAAGCAAAUAGAACGCCACGAAUAACGAAAGCCGAGCAAAAGCGACAAGAUGCCGAGGAAUUGGCGAAGCACAGGAAAGCGUAUGAAAAAGAACAAGCAGCUGCAAAGGCCAAAGCGGCGAGGGACAAGAAAGCUGCAAAAGCAUUGGAGCAGAAGGAAGAGAGAAAGAGAUUGGGUGUACCGGAACCUAGCAGACAUGUCAGAGCAAGUCAAUCGAGGAUCUCUAUGUUUAUUGGGCGGGGAAACAAGAGAUUGCGUGCAACUGAAAACAAGGCGGAAGACUCUGAAGGUACUAUGUGCGACGAAUUGGAUGAAGGGCCACCCGCAAAACGGACUGCACAUGACAAUUCCGAGGACGAGAGCGAGGAGGAAGCUGUCUCGAAAUCAAAUGUGCUUCACGAUUUCGAGCAUGAGGAGUGCUGCCGAAUGGAACAACUUGCGAAGAAUAUCCUUGAUGUUAAAGAGGCUAUUUCCAAAAAAGUAGUUGUACCAGAAGAUUCCGAGGACGAGUUUGGGGACUUUCCUCCCUUGUCAGAUAGAGAUAUUUCAUUGUUGGACAAUAGUUCCAUGCAUUCUACUCCUAGGCCUAGAUCUACAGGAGUGACAGGACCUUCGAUUCAAAAAUCCAUCGCAUCAUUCGAUAAUGAACAGGAGCUGCCAAGGAUGAAGAAUUUCGAAAGGGAGCAAAUGUCGCCUGACGACCCAUUUCAGUUAGAAAACAUGCUUGAUUGCCAAAUUCGUUCCGAAGCAGCAGACGCAGCUUAUAACCCUGACUGUAAACAAGUAGUAUCAUUUAAAAAAGAGCAGACCAGCAGAGAAGACACACUAUCUAUGACUGCCGCUUCGAAUCGUCUUGUAGAAGAUCUGGCAUCGAAACGAGAGCUUCUGUGGCAUGCGCCCAUUAAUGGCAGACACGGCGCAUCAAUAAAAUUCAUCAAUACAAAACCACCAUCUCCCCAUAAGGUGCCAAUUGUCAAGCAGAAGUCUUCAAACCCAAAUCUAUCAGUUACUAGACAUCAGUUUGACCAUCCUUCUAGGAUAAAUUUCAAUGAAACCACAACACCAGGAAUGAACUUGCGGCAAAAUUCCAGGGCAUUAGAUGUCAGUUUGCCUCGGACGAAAAAGUCACUUUCCAUUGAACAGGCCACAUCCAACAAGGAAACUCCUCUACUUCUUAGGGCAUCGUCUCGAAUGACUGGUUUGGGAAAGCGAAUUUUUCGCGAGGAGCCAGUUCAACCUCCUAUGUCAAAGUCUCAUUCUUUCCAACGAACACCUCCCCAAAAGCUCCCCGUGCAAGCCUCCAGAUCAGUAUCUGGUACUCGCCCCGCCCUGCGGGGGAGAUCUAUCAACAUGGGGCCCUCGGCUCUUCCAGCAAAAAGCAAGAUCGGCACGACUCUUGCUGCUCCACACAACAACGUGAGAACAGCCAGCAGUUUUGAUCUUCCACCGUCUUCCACUCAAGCAUUUCUUGAGUCUCAUUAUGACGAAUUCUUUCCCAGUCCAACUCAGGAAGCUAGAGAACUGUGUGAGGAACCCGUUAUACCUCGGACUUCCACCAGUUCGAAAACAGACUGUAGGCACCAAAAUCAUCGCGAAAAGCAGGAAGAUGUGCAUGAUGAUGUUUCUAAGAUUUCUGAUGAUGAUUUCGGAGGCAUGCUGUCUACUCAAGAACUCAAAAUGUUUUCGGAGGAUCGGAAAGUUGCUAGUUCACCGUCCCGGCAAGGAUGGGGAAAGGAGAGUCGGAUCGAAUCUUUCAAAGAGAUACCAGCAGCACGCGAGGAUAUUAAAGACUUGAUCUGCAGUCAGGAUUCAUUAUCUUUGAGCCAAGAACCCGCUGGGCUGGAGUCUUUGUCAAAAGUCAAGUCACCAAUAACAAGUACCUUGCAGGUAUCGCAAGCUCAAAUACCUAACUCCUACCAGCAUCAAAAUUCAACAACAAAGCUACAAGAACAACUUGCUGAGCCACUUUGUAUGAGCACUCCUAAUAUCGACCCUGAAAUAGAGCUUACUCCAAAACCAAGGAGGUCGCCUUGGUUCAAAGAGAAACCGGAGGACAGGCAUACAAAAAAGAGGUUCUUUACCGAAAAACCCGAGGAUUUGGAGGCUGCCGCUCUGGCAGAGAGUAGGAAAGCGUGGGAUGAAAUUAAAGAGGCAACUUCAUCCAACAGACAUAACUUUGAUGACGAUCUCGACCCUGAUGUGGAUGGACUGCUAAUAGCUGCCCUUGCGGAAAGCAAAGAGUGGGAUGAGGUGUACAAGGCAGUCGUUCCCACGCCUACACCUAGGAAGACUGGCGAGAAAGGGGAUAUGGGGAUGAAUAUCGAGGAGAAAGAAAAUCAGACGCCAUCACGAAUCAUGGAUAAGCAGACGACGAGAGAAAGUACUGUUACGAAUUCGACGAGAAAAUUUGUAAGGAGGGCUAGUCUUGCCAGUACCGAUUAUGGGGAUGGAGAGGUCUCCGACUGGGAUGAUAUUUUGGACCGACUAUGAGACCUAUUAAGGCGAAUACAAUUUCAAAGAGAGAACCACGAUUUAUGAGUAUAGGUAUGGUGGCGAUUUGACAUGCAAUGGGAAGAGGAUCAAUAUUGGUAUGUAUAUGGGUUUUGAGUUUAAGCAUGGCAUUAAGCAUGAAUAUGCACGUCAACUUCACGUGUUGCGUAUUAUAGGGCAUUAUACACGCACAAAGUGGUUGGAUUAUUCGUUUAGCGUGGCAUUAUGGGUGGUGUAAAGGUGUUUUCUCUUUGCAUUCUCCUGCGGUGGGAUAUCAGGUUGAGGACAUUUUGGCGGCCUCCUGUUGCAAUUAUUUGCGUGAUUCUAUAAUCAUUUGCGGCGUGUUUUUCGUUGUACUCAUUCCGAUGAAUGAUGGUGGAGUUGUCCAUGGCAUAGAUCUUUUGGAAGACAUACAAGGGUUUAGCAUGGUAAUGAGGGAUAAGAUUAUGAUACCACGGGUAUCUUUAAAUAGGUACCGCUGAAUUAUCUCAUUACAUAUUUUGAACCGACUCAUGGCAGUGUACAUUUCAAAAGUGGCAUCUUGCGAGAUCCCUUAAACAACUGUUUAACCCAUCGCCAAUCGGCUAAGUUUGCAUCGAAUCCUAUUUAAUUCUCAUCGCUGCAUUGACUCCAACUAUAAAGCGCCCAUCAGAAGCGGAACAUCGUCAUAAGAUGCACGAAAUGGUACAGAUUUUUGGGCUGGGAGUCAACAACAACAUUCAGUAACAAUUAAGAAAAUCAAGAAAGGAGGAAUGUCGUUUUUAAUCUUCGAAUCAUCGUCUAGUGGAGAUAUAAUAGUAGAGUCUCUGCUAUAGACAUCAUUGAUGCAUACAUAUUGAGAGUCCUCGGUGACGUAAAUGUUGGGACUAUGAAAGUGCGAGAUCAGAAGAUCAGGAAGGGAAUGACUAUGUCAAUUACAUCGAAAUUUCUUCUAUAGUUGGGGCGAGCUGAAUUAUUAGAAAAUAAAUGUCUUGUCGUCAGGGGUGAACCUGAUCAAAUUGUGUGUAGUGCUGGAGAUGCAGGUAAUUUGAUGUGUAGAGGAUGGAGAAAGCUGCGAACUGUUUAGGGUGAUUCGAGGAUCCCGCAUAGCUUUGCUCAUGGAAAGAGAGAAUGAGGUUUGAAUGAGCGGGAAUGAUCCCUAUGUUGCCGUUAGGCUCAUGUAUUCUAAGUCACAACGGUAAUUUUACGUUGGUA